AAACUAAAGCAAAACAAAAACGAGGUUUUUCUUACACAACUUGUAGUUCCAGCGAAUAUUCUCAAAUAAGUCGUACAUUUAUUAGAUCUUCAGAGGAAACAUUCAGGCGUAAGGAUGUCUUCGAUCCGGUUGUUAACCGCGAGCCAGAACAAUCGGUUGUUCUCGGCAUAUCUGCGGCUUCCUCGAUUCUACGCCUCGCAAGCCAAAGACGCUGCCACAGAGGAGAGCUCGAGUGCGACGACGGCUGCCGACUCUGAUCUGCCGGUCACGUUCGUCGAAGAUGAAGAUCUACAAGCAGCGCGGGAGGCACGGAUCGAGCAGCUGAGGAACAAAUCCCGACUGUUACCGCAGCAUCGGAAUAUGUUACACAACCAGCUGCCGUAUGAGGGAUCCCAGUCGUGGAUCCAUGAAACGGUGAAGUACAAACGCACUAUGCUGGGUCGAUAUGGGCUGGAAGGGAGCAAGGUGGAUCCGCGCAUUUGUUUCCCAACAAAACAAGAAGCACUUGAGAAAACCGAAUACGAGCGAGUGGCUUUCCCCAAAACCCUCCAGCAGAUGAUGGCCGAGAACAAGAAGUCGAAAGAGGAGCAGGUUGCUCGUAUCCGAGCCCGUGAAGAGGAUGUGGCCAAAAAGAUGGAAAAGCUGGAUAAAUGGGUUUCGGAUUUGAAUGCCCGGGUUGCGAAGAAGGAAGCGGAAGCUCGCGCAGCUAAGGAUCGCAAGGACCGACUGGUGGAAGAGGUGCGUCGACACUUUGGAUUCCGGAUUGACCCGCGGGACGAACGGUUCCAGGAAAUGUUGGCCCAGAAGGAGAAGGAAGAUCGCAAGAAGGUCAAGGAAGCCAAGAGGAAGGAGAAGGAACUGAAGAUGAUGGAGAAGCUGAAGAAGCGAACAGCUGACCUGGAGGACGAUGGUUCCAAGGGUUCGCCAGCAGAUGCCGAGGAUGAUGAGAAAAAGUAAGGAGUGUUGUAUGUUAUUGUAGCGAACUAGGUUUUAUUAGAUGGAAAGAGAACUGCUACUAAUAAAUAAAACUUGAUGAAAUGUG